GGGGCAGUAAAGGGCCGGGAUCGGGGCCCGGGCACGGCCCCGCCGCUCGCCAUGAGGGCAGCGCUCGCCCCCGGCGUCCGCCUGCUGCGCGCCGUGCCCCGGGACAGCCGGUACCGUGGACUGACGCUGGUGCUGACCUUCCUCUCCUACACCAGCUACCACCUCUCCCGAAAACCCAUCAGCAUCGUCAAGAGCCAGCUGCACCUCAACUGCUCGGCGCUGGGCUCCAACCCACACAACGACUCCAACAGCACCACGUGGUGCAGCUGGGCGCCCUUCGAUCAGGACAACUACAAGGAGCUUUUCGGCGCUCUGGACAAUGCCUUCCUCGUGGCAUACGCCAUUGGGAUGUUCAUCAGUGGCAUUUUUGGGGAGCGGCUGCCCCUGCGGUACUACCUGUCGGGGGGCAUGUUGCUGAGCGGGAUCUUCACAGCACUCUUUGGCUUUGGCUACUUCUGGAAUAUCCACGUGCUGUGGUACUUCAUCAUUGUGCAGGUGUGCAAUGGACUGGCACAGACGACCGGCUGGCCCUCGGUUGUGGCAUGUGUUGGGAACUGGUUUGGGAAGGGAAAGAGGGGUCUGAUCAUGGGCAUCUGGAACUCACACACCUCCGUGGGCAAUAUCCUGGGCUCUCUCAUUGCGGGCGCCUGGGUGUCCUCUCAGUGGGGCUUGUCCUUCAUCGUGCCUGGCAUAAUCAUUGCUGUCGUGGGCAUCGUCUGCUUCUUCUUCCUUGUGGAACACCCCGAGGACGUCGGCUGCAGCCCACCCCUGCAACACGAUACAUCAGAUGAGAAAGACCCCGAAGGGGUGACCUCCGAGGACCGCAGCACCACUGACCCCAAAGAGCUGAAUGAGGAGCUUGAAGCCAUCAGCUUCCUUGGGGCGCUCCGGAUCCCUGGUGUGGUGGAGUUCUCCCUCUGCCUACUCUUUGCCAAGCUGGUGAGCUACACCUUCCUCUACUGGCUGCCCCUCUACAUCGUGAAUGUCGCUCAUUUUGGUGCCAAGGAAGCUGGAGACCUGUCCACCCUCUUUGACGUUGGCGGUAUUUUAGGGGGGAUCUUUGCUGGCCUCAUCUCUGACUACACUGGUGGCCGGGCCACCACGUGCUGCGUGAUGCUGGUGGUGGCUGCUCCCAUGCUGUUCCUGUACAACCACGUUGGGCAGAAUGGCAUUGGCACAUCUAUAGCAAUGCUGAUCGUCUGCGGUGCGCUGGUGAACGGCCCGUACGCACUCAUCACCACGGCAGUGUCAGCAGACCUGGGAACCCAUGAGUCCCUCAAAGGAAACGCGAAAGCCCUGUCCACUGUCACGGCCAUCAUUGAUGGCACGGGAUCUGUAGGUGCUGCUCUGGGGCCCCUGCUGGCAGGGCUUAUCUCCCCCACGGGCUGGAAUAACGUGUUCUACAUGCUGAUAGCAGCUGACGUCUUGGCUUGCCUGCUCCUUGCUCGUGUGGUGGUCAAAGAAGUUCGUGCGUGGUACGGCUGCAUGGCAAGGAAGAGAGGUUCUAGUGUGCAGCUCACAGAGUCAGUGCUGGAUGGGAAGUAGCUCGGUGUGAGGAGCAGCAUUGUCCGCAUGGCGGUUCCAGCAGUUCUGAUGUGCCCUCGUCAGCCGUCCCGCGCUGCCCAAGGGUGAAGAGAUGUGGCCGUUGUGCCGCCAUGUCACUGUGCCGCCAUGUCACUGUGCCGCCAUGUUACCGUGCCGCCAUGUCACCAUGCCACCACACCAGCCCCGGGCAGGUCCCGCCAUUUUGUCUCAGUGGGAGGAGGAGGCCAGGAGCCAGCGGACAGUUUUUGGGCCAGUUUUGUGCUGUUUUAUUAAUAAAAAGGUGCAAAGCCUGC